AGUCAGUUAUUGUAUGUUGUGAGAGCUCGUGAUUACAGCUGCCUGUAUUGGUUUGUGUAACUUGGAAACGACUUUUGGAUUUUUUUUUGAGUGAAAAUGGGCGAUAUUGAAGCCGGUUUGAACACGAACGUGUUUGUUUUAGCUGUAAUAGCUAUAUUAUCAUGCACAAUACUGCACUAUUUAUUCAAGACCAUCUUCGGAAAUAAGAAAAAGGAAGCACAAGUACACCAAACGGAGAGCGUAAAAGAAACUCCUGUUGAAGAAGCAGUUGCAGAGACCCCUGUAACCGAAACUAGGACGAGCGCUAAAAGCAAAAAGCGUGCUCAAUGGAAAGGCAAGACGGACUACAGCCAUCAGUGGCUCGUGAAGAACUUAAAAGGGCAUCCGGGGACUGUCCUUCUUAUGGACUUCUCGUCGAACGGCAAAUUCAUGGCUGCAACAUGUGACGAAACCAUCACGACGGUGGAGACUGCGGGCAUUGCAGUACGACAGCAAAAACAGCAGCACCGGCGGCAACCGCCGUCAUCACCGCCGUCGCCGCCGCCGCCCCCCAGGAUUCCGGUAGAAGAAUUAGUGCAUCAUCUUCAAAAGUAUAUUCUAUCAAAAACUACCAUGUGGGCACGUGGUUAUCCUGUUGAAAUAGAGACAAAUUCAACUAAGGCUAUGAUGUAUGUAAACCCGCCAACUCGGCCUAAACCUCGACCGGCGACUUCCUGGGACGUGAACGCUCCAGAGUUUGUGCCGGGCUCACAAACUGACAGUGGACGAAGUUCUUGGGGUUCAACACCUCGCUCUGAUAGUGAUGAAGAAGCGGAUACAGUGGAACAUGUGUGUGUGCGAUGCGAUAAAAAAUUCAAAAUGACUCGUGAUGGGGACUAUAUUCGGGAAGAGUCAUGUUUUCAUCAUUGGGGUCGUGUUUUGGGCAACAAAUUCGAAUGUUGCAAUAAAUAUGUGGGGGCGAAUGGUUGCUCUAUAUCUCGUUUUCAUGUGUGGAGUGGCACGCAACCUGGGAUGAACGGACCUCUCGAAGGAUAUGUGCGUGCACGUCAUCGUCGCGGUGGAGUGUAUGCCGUGGACGCUGAGAUGUGUUACACGACCGCCGGUUUCGAAUUGGCCUCAAUAGCUUUCAUAGCAGUCGAUGGCCACAUUGUUUACAAAGAGUAUGUGAAACCUACCUCGCCAGUCGUGGAUUGUAACACUCGUUUCUCCGGCAUUCGACCUCGCGACCUACAGACAGCCGAGAAGACACUUAAAGACGUGCAAAAUGACAUACUCGGUUUCGUGGGCACAGACACAAUUUUAAUCGGGCACGCACUAGAGAACGAUCUAAGGGCGUUGAAAUUACUCCACAGCGCUGUGGUGGAUACGAGUGAUUUGUAUCCUCACGCAAGAGGAUUUCCGUUGCGUCGAUCUCUGCGUUCCUUAUCAAUAGAAGUACUCGGACGUCCAGUCAGGAAUCGAAAAAGUGGUGGCCACUCGCCCGUGGAGGACGCUCGUGCCGCUUUAGAUUUAGUGCUUCUGAUGGUGCAUCGAGAUCGAGCAACUGUCAACCAAACAGGAUCGCGCACUUCAAAUCUGCCCGUGUUGCAGCCAUACGAUCCGUUGGUAUGUGCUGCCUAACAUAUAGUGACAAAUCGAAUAUAUAUUAUGACGACUGUUCUAUGGACAUGAACUGAAAUUGAUGACAAAUAAUAUGUCGAAACUUUAAAUGUGUGAAAUGGACUUUUUUAGUGACAUUACGUUGCCGGAGUUCGCGUACAAGGAAAUAUUGUAUGUGCCUUCGAAUUGCAGAAUUUGCAAUAAACGUAAUAUUUUUU